UAUAUAUACAUACAUAUAUAAAACCCCUUUGGGGAACCCAAAAAAAGGGAAGUAUUGUGUUCAUAAUAAGAGAAAUGAUACACAAAGAUGACAAGCAGCAGAGGAGCCACUGAGUGUUGCAUGUGUGGAGACUAUGGCUUAUCUUCUGAGCUCUUCAAAUGCAAAAUAUGCCAAUUUAGAUCUCAACAUAGGUAUUGCAGCAACUUGUAUCCAAAAGCUGAGUCAUAUCGUAUAUGCAAUUGGUGCUUGAGUCCAAAGGAGGUUUCUGGUGAUAAAACACAGAACUCUUCAAAUUCAUCUUCUUCAUGUAGAAAUACAAGUGACGUUCAAGAUGGUCCAAUAAAGUUCAAGAAAAAGCUAAUUAGAAAUGAAAAUAUUGAUAUUGGACCAAAUCCAAAGGGGAAAAAGGGUUCUUUAAUGAAGCUGCAACUUAUCAAGAAAAACCCCAUUAAAAUACAAAAGUCUAUGGAGCGAUCACCGUCAAUGGCUGCCAGAAAAAGGGUCACAAUUGAAGAGAAAAUAAGGAGAACAAAGUCAGAGGAAAUAUCAAAUAGGGGAAUCACAAGAAAGGUACUUAAAAAUAGGGUAAGAAGGUAUAAGCUAUUGGAUGAAGUCUCAAGCUAAUGAAAUUUUAAGAAUUUGUAGAUUGUUAGUUUUUUUUUUUUGGGUGUAUGGUUUUGGUGGUUCUGAAAUUCCAUGCAUACAAAUUUAUGUAGACAAAAAAUGAGGUUGCUUCAUUAUAUUAGAACCCUUUGAUCAUCAUUGAGAGAAGUUACAAUGCAAAACUAGGGUUAAUGGAGUCUUUGAUCACUUUGGUUUCA